AUGUCCGGAACUGUGCUGGCAACUUGUCAGUCAAGAUCAAAAAGAAGAAGUGGGACUCCUCCUACUCUUUCUGCUCCUUCUGCUCCUCCUACUCCUCCUGUUCCUCCUUCUCCUCUGUGCAGAACCAAGGCCUCUCCAAGGAGCUGGAACCCCCUGGCCACCGCCUCCUUACCCACAUCCUGCAGACCCGUGCCCCUUCCUUACUUGAAGGAGGCAACGGAACAGUGCAAACCACACCCCCAGACCCACACCCACCGAGAAGAACUCAGUGUCUCAGGGGGCCUUCCACCACUUCCCCUCCUCCGCCUCACAGAAGGACUGGCCUCCCCUAGAUAUCAAAGCUGCAGCAAGCAUGGAAGGCGGUGCAGAGCCGACCCCCAGAAGGAGUGGGACAGACAUCCACGCACACCCUACCCAACCCAUGGAAACACCUGGGUGACCCGGGAUCUGCGACCGACCCAACUGGUGACUGGCAUGGGAGCUCCAGUGCUGCACCUCUACCCUCCACUUCCUGCCAGGCCUGAACCCCUGGUCCCCACCCACACCCCCUUCCCAUGUACCCUCUGGCAGGGGGCAGCAGGCACAGCGGACAGCACUGCCCACUCGCCAGCACAUGUGGUGAUGCAUCCAAGGACUCCUCCUACUCUUUCUGCUCCUUCUGCUCCUCCUACUCCUCCUGUUCCUCCUUCUCCUCUGUGCAGAACCAAGGCCUCUCCAAGGAGCUGGAACCCCCUGGCCACCGCCUCCUUACCCACAUCCUGCAGACCCGUGCCCCUUCCUUACUUGAAGGAGGCAACGGAACAGUGCAAACCACACCCCCAGACCCACACCCACCGAGAAGAACUCAGUGUCUCAGGGGGCCUUCCACCACUUCCCCUCCUCCGCCUCACAGAAGGACUGGCCUCCCCUAGAUAUCAAAGCUGCAGCAAGCAUGGAAGGCGGUGUAGAGCUGACCCCCAGAAGGAGUGGGACAGACAUCCACGCACACCCUACCCAACCCAUGGAAACACCUAG